UACUCAAAGUAAACAGUCAUUAUAAAGUGUUAUAUUUAUUUGAUUAACUGAUGUCUAUUCUUACACGUCCAUUAUAUUUUCACUGAAAGUCCAAGUUUUAGUUAGACUUCUGGGCUGUGUUUGGACGUCUAUUAGACGUCUUUUGAGCGCAAAAUUGCUUGCUGAGCUACAGGUGUUCACGUGACAUUGGGAUAUAUGGGAUUGUCUGUUCUCUGAAUGUGAUCAGUAAAGUUUAGUGGUGGAAAAAAAAGAAUAGUUCACUGGUUAGCUCUAAAAAACCUUAUAAUAUAAGCUCAAGAGUCCGAAUAAUGCGCGUCUGUUAUGAAGACCAUCUUACAUAAGAGCUGCAGGAUAAUAAAGUCGCGUGAUUUAUUAUUAUUGGCUGUGAUUUGUCGAGUAGCGAUAAGAAACGCAGCAGUAAUCUGGAGCCCGAUGUUGAAACCGUGAGUCAGCAUGAACGCGCUAACCAUGAGCGAGCGGAGAGAGAGGGAGCGCGCUUAACAUGAGCGAGCAGAACGGUUAAACGUGACUCGACACAAUCCAGAACUCUGAACCCGAGACUUGCUCUUUUUUACAGUUUGUGAUUUCAACACUUCGGGGUGAUUCAUUAUGUAAACAUUAUACUCACACACAUAUAGUUCACAGGGAAUGUUUUGAUACUCAGAAUGAAACCUGUCUGAUUCAGUCUGUGCGCGUGAUCAAAUAACGAUCAGUUCAGAUCUCUCGCCUUUUCCAGUCGGGGUUGUUUGGACUCAAACAGCAGGGAUAUUAUAAUCUAUAUGCCAAAAUACAGUCACAUUCAUAUUUAGAAUAGAUGGAGAUAUACGAGUACUCUUUGUCAGUCAGCUCACCGAGAUGAGAUUCACGCUCGACUCGUUCCUCCUGUCCGCUAGAGGCGCCCGAGUGCAUGAUGACGCCACACUCUCGAACCGUCGCGAGAGAAACUGACCGCGCAGCGCGGAGCCAAGAUGGCGACAGGAGACGCAUGAAAUUUGAUGAAGAUGGAGGGUGAGGUGAGUCUGGUCGCCGGCCGCAGUCAGAGAGAAAAAAGAAGAUCCUACAAAGAUCUGCUGAGAGAAGAAGAGAUCAUCGACGCAGAGGUUCGAAAGACCUCCAAGAAACGGCUGAAGGACGCUGAUGACUUUUACCCUGCCAGCGACUUUCACAAGAAAAAGAAGCAUUAUGAGGAUCAUUUCUACAGAGAUCAUCACAGCUCCGGUUCUCACCACAAAAAGAAGAAGCGUCCCUCGGAGAGCCAGCGCUCGCUCCUGACGGCCGUGGAGCCGGCCGGGUCACCUCAGACAGCCAUGGGUCUCCUGCAGGCCAUCACCUCUCCCACAGCGGUGGGCACAGAGACGCUGUUCCCCUCGUCAAAGGAGCGCAGGAAGGACAUCAGAGACUCCGCCCCCUGCAGGAAGGACAUCAGAGACUCCGCCCCCUCCUGCAGGAAGGACCCCCGAGACUCCGCCUCCUCCAGGAAGCAGCCACAUGUGGUGCGGGAGGGGCUUCCUGUGGUGGGCCAGGAGGUGGAGCUAGAAGGGUGUCACGACGGCGCCGACAGCAGCGGCUCGUCCUCCGCUGACGACAGUGAAGGAGGGAAACUCCUGAUCCACGAUUCCUCGUCUCAACACGGCAGCAGGAAGAAGAAGAAGAGCAAAAAGAGCAAGAAGAAGAAAGAGCGAGACCGGCCGCGUGAGAAGAAGCACAGCAGUAAAUCAGCCAAGAGAAUAACAGCAGCCAAUGGCAGCACAGAAUGGAGCGCGUUCACUACAGGUCAUCACAGCCACGAGGAGAAGAGGAGGAAGAGUAAGGAAGGAGGCAAACGCAAGAGCAAAGACAAGAAGAAGAAGGUCUUGACGGCGUAUCAGAUCUUUUAUAAGGAGUACAGAAACAGCAUUCUGGAGGAAGAGCCGGGCCUCGAUUUUGGGGACUUGAGCAAAAGACUCGCUGAUGCCUGGAAGCAGCUGCCCGAGGGAGACAAACAGGUGUGGCGGGAGAGAUCGGAGUACCUGCAGCGCAAGCAGAAGGAGAGCGUCAAACACGUCAAGCACGUCAAACAGCAGCAAGCGCCGCGGCCGCUCAAAGACAGCAGCAGGGUCAAAGGUCCUCCGCCGUGUGCAGUGGCUCCAGCCGGAGGAGUCGUCGUGUUGAAGAGACCCGAAGUGCCGGUGACCCCCGUCCAGAACGGGACGGCAAACGCUCCCGCUUUCUCUCCGCUCAGAGACCCGGACGUGGACCCGAUCGAUGCGGCUGCUCACCUGCAGCUCCUGGGGGAGUCUCUGUCUCUGAUCGGGCGCCGGCUGCAGGAGACUGAGGGCAUGGUGACGGUGUCGGGUUCUCUGUCGGUUCUCCUGGACUCGGUGUUGUGUGCUCUGGGUCCGCUGGCCUGCCUCACCACUCAGGUCCCAGAACUCAAUGGCUGCCCACAUCACGUGCUGUCGAACACUCUGGAUAACAUCGCCUACGUGAUGCCGGGUUUAUGAGGGACUCGGACCUCCGGCGGCGUCUCCACCUGAAACCAUCGACAAAAGACUUUAAGACUUGCACAGUUUUGCACUGGACAAACUCACAGACACUUCAACUUUUAACCUGCUUCUUAAACCUGCGCUCAAUUUUUUUUUAUCUGAUCUGAUCUGAUGUUAAUUUUGUAUUUCUGUUGUUUUUCUCAAUCUCUCAAUAAAAUCCAUUUUAGUAUGUUCUUUUAA